ACGGAAAAAAACCGAAUAAAAAGCACCACCGAAGAGAAGUGGCCAGUCAACAAGGAGAAAACAUCAAAUGAAGAACAAUUGCGAGAUCCGAUCAAACCGCUUAUCGCGAUUCUGAUUUUCGAUUUCAGACAGAUCUCUCUUAUAACAACCUUGGUUUGGUUUCUAGAAUGUCUAACGACACAGCACGUAACCCACUGCUGCUACCAAAGGACCAGUCAGGAGGUCCCACAAUGGCACAAGACUUCAGCAUUAACUCGAGAACCACCUCCUCGAGAAAAAGAAGACUCCGCCGCUCUAGAAGCGCUCCUCGCGGCGACUUCGUGUACAACAACGACAACGACGUAAAAAUCGACGAGCCUCCCCAUCCUCAUCCGAGCAAGAUCCCAAUGUUCAGAGACCUAAACCCGAAUCUAAAACGAGUCAUCCUCCUCCUGGCUGCCUACCUAACCGUCGGCACUCUCUGUUUCUACCUCGUUCGAAACCAGAUCUCCGGUCACAAGACCAACGGCGUUUUGGACGCCGUUUACUUCUGCGUCGUGACGAUGACGACCGUCGGAUACGGCGACCUCGUCCCUAACAGCUCCACGUCGCGGCUCCUCGCGUGCGCCUUCGUCUUCUCCGGGAUGGUUCUCGUGGGCCAUCUCUUGAGCCGAGCUGCUGAUUAUCUCGUCGAGAAGCAGGAGAGUCUCCUCGUCAGAGCUUUCCACUUGCGUCAGAGCUUUGGUGGUCCCACGGAGAUUCUCAAGGAGUUGCAUACCAACAAGCUGAGGUACAAAUGCUACGUUACCUUCCUUGUCCUCGUGGUGCUCUUCUUUACCGGUACGGUUUUUCUUGUGGCGUACGAGAAGAUGCCUGUUAUUGAGGCUUUUUAUUGCGUGUGCUCCACGGUGACUACGUUGGGGUAUGGGGACAAGAGCUUUAACUCGGGGACCGGGAGGGUGUUCGCUGUGUUUUGGAUCUUGACGAGUACUGUGUGUUUGGCUCAGUUUUUUCUUUACGUGGCUGAGUUGAAUGCGGAGAUUAAACAGAGGGAGUUGGUGAAAUGGGUUUUGACUAGGAGGAUUACUAAUAAUGAUCUCGAAGCUGCUGAUCUUGAUGAAGAUGGAGUUGUUGGAGCUGCAGAGUUUAUUGUGUAUAAACUGAAAGAGAUGGGGAAGAUUGAUGAGAAAGAUAUAGCUGGGAUCAUGGAGGAGUUUGAGCAGCUUGAUAUCGAUGAAUCUGGUACUCUGACGACUUCUGACAUUGUUCUAGCUCAGACUACGUCCCAGAUCCAAAGGUAGAGCCACAUUCAUUAUCAUCAUGUUUUGAAGAUGAAUCAGGAUGAUUGUUAAGUUAUACAUUCACACAACAACAACAACAAAAAGCAAAGGAAGUGAACAGUUUUUUUUUGGUGAAAUAUCGUUUGAUUCUGUUUUUUUUGUAACGCCACAUUCUUAUUCUUUGAAUAUUUUGUAAUGUUUACAUACAUAUAUUAUAUGGAUUAGCAUGAACACUUUGUUUAAUAAAAAUUGAACUUUGCUAUUAA